AUUUUCAAAAGGCAACACACAUUUUUGUGCCACAGUAUUUCAUAGAACGUUUAUCUCAUCGCACACGAAGCACUCUAUUGCCGAUCUCGUCAAUAAAUUAGACGAAAAUUGUGCUCCCCCAAAACAAUAGCAGCAUCAGCAGCAACACCAACAACCACUUGCAAGUUGCGUUAGUCACACUCCAUUCAUCGUUCGUUCGUUGCCUCGUCCAGCCGAAAUUAUGGUCGCCACCACCACAGCCCCUCCGCCCGCCUACUUUGCCGUCGGCCCCAAACCACACGAAGUCUGCUGUCCGUAUUGUAAACAAAAGGGUAAAACAAUCACGAGACGCUUCCUCCUGAGCUGUUGCAUGCGUCGCCAGUAUUGCUCUUCGUGUGGCGAAUAUUUGGGCACCUAUAGACGUCCGAAAUUGUAGAAGAUUUGUUGUGAUUGUUUUGUUAUUUUUUCGAAUGUGAAUAUUUUAUUUUUCUUAAAUAAAUAAAUUAACAUUUACUAGCUGA